AUGUCAUCUGCUAGUCAUGUCGUCACUUCCGCUGAUCUAACGCUCAUCACUACCAAACAGGUGUAUGUCCCAACCGUAUUCGAAAACUAUGUCGCAGACAUUGUGGUAGAUGGAAAAGAAAUCGAAUUGGCAUUAUGGGAUACUGCUGGUCAAGAAGAUUAUGAUCGUCUACGUCCUCUAUCAUAUCCAGAUUCACACGUCAUCCUCAUCUGUUUCGCUAUCGAUGCUCCUGAUUCAUUAGAAAACGUACAAGAAAAGUGGAUUUCCGAAGUCAACCACUUUUGCAAAGACUUGCCCUUCCUGCUAGUGGGCUGUAAAGUAGAUUUACGUGAUGAUCCAAAGACGAUUGAAGAAUUGCGAAAAACAAACCAAUCACCAGUCACUACUCAACAGGGCAAGGCAGUCGCAGAUCGCAUCCAUGCCUACCGAUACAUUGAAUGUAGUGCAAGAAACAACUACAAUGUCAAGGAAGUGUUUGAACAUGCCACUCGUGCUGGGUUAACGGUGACCCGAAGAAGUAGCAAGAAACGUGGUGGAUGUAUGAUCCUCUGA